GAGAAUGUUUCCAAAAACUCAACCUUGACCUUACGAUAAAAAAAUGAGCGACUUUACGAUUGCUACCAAAGCUCAUAAUCACAAAUCCCUCCACAUUUGAGAAAUUUAUAGGUGUGUGUGUGUGUGUACUAUUUGAGAGAGAGCUUUCCUAGUAACUUCUAUGUAAGCAGAGGGUCACAAGAAGAAAGAGGAAGACAGACAUGGCUGAUCAGCCUUCAAACGUAGCAGCAGUUGCAGGAGGAAUCAAGAAACUCCUCAGAGAGGAAGAAGAUCUGCAAGGUGGAGAGGACCAGACAACGAAAACUACAACAGAAGUGGUGGAUGAGUCCCCAUUUGACCCAAUUGAAAGGAUUAAAGAGGGAUUCAAUCACUUCAAGAUCAAUGAAUAUGACAAGUAUCCAGAGUACUUCGAGAAGCUUAAAGAAGGCCAGUCUCCCAAAUUUCUGGUUUUUGCCUGCUCCGACUCAAGGGUUUCACCUUCUCGCAUUCUAAACUUCAAGCCAGGAGAAGCCUUCAUGGCCCGAAACAUCGCUAACAUGGUUCCCGCAUUUAACCAGGUCAGAUACUCUGGAGUAGGGGCAAUCAUUGAAUACUCUGUGGGGGUUCUAGAGGUGGAGACCAUUUUGGUCAUAGGGCACAGCAAAUGUGGAGGCAUUAAAGCACUUUUGGACCUCCCAGAUGAUGGGGCAGUUUCUAAUGACUUCGUAGAUGACUGGGUCAAAAUUGGUUUACCAGCCAAAGCCAAAGUGAAGGCAGAAUUUGGGGAUAAGUGUCUUGAUGAACAACAAAUGCAUUUGGAAAAGGAGGCAGUGAAUUUGUCACUAUUGAACCUACUCAGUUAUCCUUAUGUUCAAGAAGGGGUGGCUCGGAGAAAUCUGAAAUUGAUGGGCGGAUACUAUGACUUUAUUCAAGGAACAUUUGAGCUAUGGGGAUUCAAGUUGGAGGUUAUGCCCCCUCUCACAAUCUGAGAUCCUGCAUAUCAUAUCCCUACAUUUCCUGUUCAAGUAUGUGUUCAGCCUAUGCUUUCAUAAGCAAUAAUGUAGAAAUUAGGGCAGCUUCUUUGUGCCCUCUUCUCUAUGAUUGUGUGUGUGUAUUUUUCGAGUGUUGGACUCUCACUUCGUCAAAAGAGAGAUAAUAAAGACAUUUUAAUUCCAAAUAGAUGUAAUGCAGCACAGCAGAUUAUGAAGCCUUGUAACAAUUCUGCAAGUAUAAAUGAUUGAUCAUACUAAAUUAUCAGAA